AUGGAUGUUUCGUAUGUUCUGCGAGAGAACGACGAUAAUCUGGUGGUCUCGGAUGCGUAUAGAGAAAAGAUCUACUACGCGAGAGAUGGCAGGUUGUCAGUGUACGAUAUCUAUACAAACUACAAAGAUGGUAUUUAUAGCUUUGAUAGCAAAAUUGAUGAUAUUAAGGUACUAAAACGAAAUGUUUACGUUUUUAGAGGAAAUAAGUGUGAUAUUUUCAGUAUGACGUACAAAGAAAUAAAAGGAACAUUAGCUAUGAAGAGCUUACCCACCAAGACAAAGAAGAUGCACGGCCUUGUUGCGCUUUUGUGCGCCAAUGGGUCUAUGCACGUAAUUGAAAAUGAGAGACUUACUAAUAUACGCAUAUAUACAAAGAGCGAAGAAGUGGAGAUCGCAGAUUUUUGCUCUAAUGGUGUAUUGAGCUUUAUUUUAGGAAAAAACGGUGAAGUGUUUAGAUCAAAGGACUUUACAGCGACUAACAGAAUAUUUAUGAACGAUUCUGAAAAAAUACUGUCGAAAUGUGCCUUUUACGAACCUUUUGGUGUGGAAUUACAUGGAGAGCGGCUUUAUAUCCUUGAUAGAAAUGGAGUUCACGUAUUUAAGGUAAGAGAGCGUUGCUUGGAGAUGCUAUACAUGUAUAAAAAUGCGAACAUAAAGGCGCUGCAUUGUUUUGAAGGCGUAUUCUGCUACGGCGACCAGCUUGUUCUUUUGGACCGGAUUCCUUAUUUACUUGCCGAGGAGCGAAUCCAUACAAUGCUAGAGGACAAGGCUAUCGGAGAGACGAACGUUUAUUUGCUGAGCAGUUAUAACAAACAAUAUGAAGGAGAAACAAAGGCAUCGGAGUUGCUCAAAGAAAGAAAUCCCAGCGAUAGAACAGCUGAGCUUUUUUCCAAAAUUGUUUUCCAGCCGAACUGCACAGUAGAAGAAUACAAGACAAAAAUAAUUGAUGGCCUUAAGUCUAUUUACAUAGAACUGGACAGCCUUAAUAAGAGCUUUGCAGAUAAAUCUAGGUUGGUGGGCGAGAAAGGGUGGGCAGUUAAGCGUAAAUAUAAUGAAUUGCUUGGGAAAAGGCGAAAUAUCGAAAAUAAAUUAGAAGAACUUGAUGAGAAAAUUGCUUCUCGUAUCAAAGAAAAGGAUAAUACCGAAAAUCUGCGACUUAAAAAAGCAAUUGAUGAGUUGAGGCAGCGUAUAAAAGCGCGCAGGAAUAGUAAUCACGAAAAUGAAUUGAAGAUGAUAAAACUACAACACAACAUUUUAAAGGAAUAUGUUGAAGAUAUUUACAAAUGAAUAGAUAGCUCUGCACGUGUCUGCAAAUAAAAUUGAGAUAAAUUCGUUUUCUAUUACAUGUCAGCUAAUUUACUAGCGGGGAACAACGCAAUUAUCGGUUUAAAGCAUCAAUAUCAUGAUUUUGUUUUAGAAUUAUGAUAAAUGGCAUAUUAAUUGUGUUUCAGUGCACUUUUGCGGUCAUAUUAUUAUUUAUGGUUGAUUGCAGAGUACUUGGUGAAUUGACCUAAUGUCUUGUGGUA